AUGUUUCAAUUUAGACCUGCAUUAAAAACAUGGUGCAGACAAUACCAUCAAAGAUACGUAGCAGACACGAAGGUAACGAUAUUAAAUGCGUGUUCCUCGACGGGCACGUACCUCUCUCUGCUUCUGAAGCAAAGUCCGCACGUUGGAGAACUCCGACUGUUCGACAAUAAAUGCAGCGUGUGUAACAUAGCAGAAGAUUUGAGUCACAUUGAUACCAGCGCGCAAGUGAGUUCGUUUGAAGGAGCGAAAGUUCUUAAAGAUUCCAUACUUGACUCAGAUGUUGUCGUGACUGUAGGAGGCGACAAAAGAUUGCCUGGCGAAACUCAAGAAUUUCUAUUUAUGAAAAAUUGGCAGGAUGUAUUAGAAUCGGCGAAACUUAUGGCUAAACACAAUCCCAAUGGCAUGUUUUGCGUUGCCCGACCGCCCGUAGAGGCCUUAGUGCCUAUGGUUUGUAAGGAGUAUACAAGGAACGGAAUUUAUGGUAGUAAAAACAUUUUUGGCGUCACAUCCACAGCGUCGAUGAUAUCGCAUAGUAUUAUUGCUAAAUUGACUAAUGAAAAUCCUUUCAACGUAUUAUGCCCUAUCGUAGGCGGUCUUAAUUCACAGUGCCUUGUAGGCGUUUUAUCGCAAGCUAGACCAAAAAAUUUGCCAUUGAAGACUAUAGUAACACAGAAGUUAAUUUCAAGAGCAGAAGACGAUGUUCUACACGCUCACAAUAGAAAAGAAUCGAUGUCCUUAGCUCACGCUUUGGGUAUUUCAAGAUUUGUAAACACCUUAUUGAGAGCUAUACAAGGCGAUGAGAAUUGCAUAGAAUGCUGUUUCGUUCGGCAGACUGGAAAAAUCGAAACAAUUUUACCUUACAUGACAUCCGUUGUUCGUUUAUGUAAAGACGGGGUAUCUUCCAUUCAUUUUCCUUCGAUUAAUCGGGACGAAGAAAUACGCCUCCAAAAAGCAACCGCAUACAUGAAAAAACUCAUUCAUUUAGGUGAACAAGUUGUACUCACUAAACUGGAAAGCAAGUCUGAUACACGCAAAUCUGAUGAUAGUAAAUCGAUGUGA